AUAUCCUCUUCAAUACCUCGUCGGCUCGUCAUAUUUGCUUUUCAAUCCUCACCAUCUUCCUCCGGUGCAAAAAAAAACUUCGCGAUCAACCGGAAACCGCCAUGAUUCGGUUCGCCACAGGCGUCCUCCUCUUAUCCUUCCUGGCUAUUUCUGUGGUCGCAUCCUGUAGCCGGGACCUCAUCGGAGACGUUCUCCGGUUACCUUCGGAAGCUUCCAGAUUCUUCCGAAGUGGUGGUGUUUCCGAGGACAACGACGCCGUAGGAACCAGAUGGGCGGUUCUGAUCGCCGGCUCCAAUGGAUACUGGAAUUACAGGCAUCAGGCUGAUGUUUGUCAUGCCUACCAACUCUUGAGGAAGGGUGGGCUGAAGGAUGAAAACAUUAUUGUCUUCAUGUAUGACGACGUCGCUUACGACGAAGAGAAUCCUAGGCCUGGAAUUAUAAUUAACAGCCCACACGGGGAGGAUGUUUACAAUGGAGUUCCAAAGGAUUAUACUGGUGAUGAUGUUACUGUGGACAAUUUUUUUGCGGUUGUCCUUGGAAAUAAGACUGCCGUUAAAGGGGGUAGUGGGAAAGUUGUGGAUAGUGGUCCCAAUGAUCAUAUCUUCAUUUUCUAUAGUGACCAUGGUGGUCCUGGAGUUCUUGGAAUUGCUGAUGAUCUGCUAGAAGUCUUGAAGAAGAAACAUGCUGCAGGGACCUAUAAAAGCCUGGUAUUUUAUCUUGAAGCUUGUGAAUCUGGAAGUAUCUUUGAGGGUCUUCUUCCUGAAGGUUUGAACAUCUAUGCAACCACAGCCUCGAAUGCAGAAGAAAGCAGUUGGGGAACGUAUUGCCCUGGAGAGUAUCCCAGUCCUCCCCCAGAAUAUGAAACCUGUUUGGGAGACUUGUAUAGUGUUUCAUGGAUGGAGGACAGUGACGUGCACAAUUUGCGGACAGAAUCUUUGCACCAGCAGUAUCAAUUGGUUAAGACGAGGACAGCCAAUGAGAAUUCUAUUUAUGGCUCUCAUGUCAUGCAAUAUGGUGAUGUACAGCUUAGCAAGAACAAUCUCUUCCUGUAUCUUGGUACAAACCCUGCAAAUGAUAACUUUACUUUUGUGGAUGAGAACUCUUUGAGGCCGCGUACUAAAGCAGUUAACCAGCGGGAUGCUGAUCUUGUCCAUUUCUGGGUUAAGUUCCGAAAGGCUCCUGAAGGCUCACCUAGGAAGAUCAAAGCACAGAAAGAGUUUGUUGAAGCAAUGUCACACAGAAUGCAUAUAGAUGACAGCGUGAAACUCAUUGGGAAACUCUUGGUUGGAAUUGAGAAAGCUCCGGAGCUGCUCAAUGCUGUUCGCCCUGCUGGUCUUCCACUCGUUGAUGACUGGGACUGCCUAAAGACUCUGGUGAGGACUUUUGAGACGCAUUGUGGAUCCCUGUCCCAAUAUGGUAUGAAGCACAUGAGAUCCUUCGCAAACAUCUGCAACGCUGGAAUUAGGAACGAGAAGAUGGCUGAGGCAUCGGCACAAGCUUGCGUCAACGUUCCGAGGAGUCGUUGGAGCUCUCUGCAGAAGGGAUUCAGCGCCUGAGUCCAUCGUAAUUGAGUAUCUGAAAAUGACCAAAAUUCAUGAAGUUAUGGUCAUUUAUUGGCAAAUUUAUAGGACUUCCGUACUCCUUAUUGCUCCAUUGUACAUACCUUAAAACUCAAGUAAUCUACUCAAAACUGCUUUGGACUGCUCUGUAAUGGUGUUGUAUCUUUGAAGGAUUGUAAUUGAUAUUUGAAAGUGUGCUACGAAUGCAACUAUAUGGGGUUAGAACAGCAGAAUAAAAGUAAUUCCUCUUGGAUCUUAA